GAGCAGAGCGCCCGCUCUUCUAAUAUAAACGGCUUGACUUCUGUUCUAGCGGGGCCGUAGUUGCAUUGCGGUUGCAGCUAGGGAGAGAGUGAGUGAGUGAGUAGUGAGGCGAAGGGAAAUGGAGGCGGCGGGAGAGGGGAGGAAGCUCCAUCACCACGCGGGCGGCGGCAGGGCGCAGAUGGAGGCGAGCCCGGAGCGCGGCAGGCCGGCGUACGCGUCGGCCGUGACGGCGAGGUCCGCGCCGGCGAGGCCCAUGAGGCGGGUGCAGAUCAUCUACUACCUCUGCCGCAACGGCCAGCUCGAGCACCCGCACUUCAUGGAGCUCGCGCAGCAUCCCCACCAGCCGCUGCGCCUCAAAGAUGUGAUGGACAAGCUGACGCUGCUGAGGGGCAAAGGCAUGCCUGCUCUCUUCUCGUGGUCUUGCAAGAGGAACUACAAGAACGGCUACGUGUGGAACGACCUGUCGGAGAGCGACGUGAUAUACCCGUCCGACGGCGUGGAGUACGUCCUCAAGGGCUCCGAGAUCUUCCCCGGCUGUUCUUCCGCCGUCGCAGCGGACCGGUUCCAGCACCUCCGGGUGACGGACAGGUCGCCGACCAAGCCGCCGCUGGCCCUCCCGCACAGCCACAAGCAGUACGUGGACGCGUACCGGGACGACGCCGGCGAGGACCCCGAGGACGACGAGCUCGGGUACCCGUACCACCGGCGUGCCGCUGCGGCUCGGCUGGGCGGGCCGAACAAGCCCGUCUCGGCCCGCACCAACCGUGGCCACCCCGUGGAGCUGCCCGUGGAGGAGACCUCACCGCCGUCCUCGACGUCGUCCGACAAGCCGCCGCCGCAGCAGCAGGCGAGCCGCUGCGACGAGGCCGAGCCGAACAGGACCGGGUCGAUGCUCCUGCAGCUCAUCGCGUGCGGGGCGGUCACCGCCGGUCCAGCCAAGUGCGGCGGCCGGGCCGAGCCGAGGCGGAGCUGCGGCCUGGUGAGCCGGCUGUCGUCCCGCGCCGGCGCGGAGGAUGACGAGGAGGAGGAGGCUGGCGGCGAGCUGAGCCGGCGGUUCGGCCGCAUGCGGGCCGAGGAGAAGGAGUACUUCAGCGGCAGCAUCAUCGUGGACAGCGGAGGCAGGGGCACCCCGCUGCCUGCUUCCUCGCUCAAACGCUCCAACUCGUACACCGAGGAGAGGGGCUCGAGGCUUGGCGUGGGGGCGAUCGGCGAGGAGACGGCGGAUGAGAGGAUCGGAGGGGGGGAGGGGAUGAUGAGGGGAAGGUGCAUCCCUGGCAGGAAGAGGCAGCCGCAGCAACACAAAUAGGCCGGCCGGUGCCUCGGCUUAGCUAUCUAGAUUAAUCUCUGCUUGAGCCAGGGCAUGUAGUAAUAGUUCUAGUAGCAGGAGUGUUCAGCAUCUCUACUUGUGUGUUGUGGACCAUGGGUUGGCAUGGAGAGCUAGCCUUAGCAUCUAGUUCGAUGUUGGACAAGUCAGCACGCAUGGCACUUAAUUUUGGAAUCCUAUGUCUAUGUGAACGGUGAGAGUCGGUAGUACUGUAUCGAUACGGACUGGUAGCAAUGCAAGUAAUCGAUUGAUCA